GCAGCUGCAGGAGCAGGAGCGCCUCGGUAGCAUUUUACUGCAUCGCGACCAUAUCAUAAAGAAUUUCGACUCAUUUUAAAAACCAACAGUAACUUCUGAAUUUCAAGAAACUGAAAAUGGUAGACCGCGAGCAGCUGGUGCAGAAAGCCAGGCUGGCUGAGCAGGCUGAGAGAUAUGACGAUAUGGCAGCCGCGAUGAAAUCGGUGACGGAGUUGAACGAGGCCCUGUCCAACGAGGAGCGUAACCUGCUCUCGGUGGCCUACAAGAACGUGGUGGGGGCGCGUCGUUCCUCUUGGCGCGUCAUCUCCAGCAUCGAGCAGAAGACCUCCGCCGACGGCAACGAGAAAAAGAUCGAGAUGGUGCGAGCCUACCGCGAGAAGAUCGAGAAGGAGCUGGAGGCCGUUUGCCAGGACGUCCUCAACCUCCUGGACAACUUCCUCAUUAAGAACUGCAGCGACGCCCAGCACGAGAGCAAGGUCUUCUACCUGAAGAUGAAGGGCGACUACUACCGCUAUCUGGCCGAGGUGGCCACGGGCGAAAAGAGGGCCACCGUGGUGGAGUCCUCCGAAAAAGCCUACAGCGAGGCUCACGAGAUCAGCAAGGAACACAUGCAACCCACGCACCCCAUCCGCCUGGGCCUGGCGCUCAAUUACUCCGUCUUCUACUACGAGAUCCAGAACGCGCCCGAACAGGCAUGCCACCUCGCCAAGACGGCCUUCGACGACGCCAUCGCCGAACUGGACACCCUCAACGAAGACUCCUACAAAGACUCCACCCUCAUCAUGCAGCUCCUACGAGACAACUUGACACUGUGGACGAGCGACCAGCAAGACGACGAAGGAGGGGAGGGGAACAACUAA